AUGGUGAAAAUAACAAAUACUUUGUUCUUUGUUUUGUGUUUGGUGACUAGUAUUACCGGCCACACAUUUGAUGAUUUGGAGAUACAAAUUAACAAGCCUCAUGUCAAGAGCAUUCGUACCGAGUCCGGGUAUAUAGUCGAUUGUGUUGAUAUUAACAAACAACCAGCUUUUGAUCAUCCAUUACUAAAAAAUCAUACGUUACAGGAAGCUAAUGCGUACAAUGUACCUCAGCUGGAUAUUAUCCAUGGAAUUAAGGCAACUACUAGUAUUUAUAAUCCAAAAGUUGAUAAGGAUCAAUCAAGUUCAGGUCAUUUAUUCGUUCAAAAUACAAUCACAGAUGCUACUAAUAAAAUCAUGGUUGGAUGGCAUGUAUCUCCAAAAUUAUACAAUGAUGAUCAUUCGACUUAUUUUUACUCAGCAUGGACGGUAAAUGAUUUCAAAAGUACCGGAUGUUACAAUAUGUUAUGCAAGGGUUUCGUUCAAACAGAUAGGUCAUAUUAUCUUGGUUCACGUAUACGUAGAACAUCUACUUAUGGCGGAGAGAUGAUUGAGAUGCCAAUUUCUCUUAAUAAGGAUCGAACAAGCCAUAAUUGGUGGUUAGCAGUGGCAGAUAAGACUAUUGGAUAUUUUCCAGCAGCUUUAUUCCCUAACAUGGUCAAACCUUCCGGAGUGGGAUGGGGUGGGUCAACAUUAUCUCCUGCGGGUACCUCUAGUCCUUCGAUGGGAUCUGGACACUUUCCUGAUAAAGAUUUCGUUCAUGCAAGUUAUUUUAGAGAAAUUGGAAUUCAAAUUGAUGAUUCUGGAACAUAUUAUGAACCAACUGGAGAAGAACACGCUGAUGCUGCCUCCUGUUAUAAUGUUAUAUACUACGGAGAUCAAGGAGAAGAAUUUGGAUAUUCUCUUCAAUUUGGAGGACCCGGUUGUAACAAGUAA